AAACACAGUAUUCAGAGCUGUCGUCGCCCUUUUGUUUGCAUUCCUUGAACCUGCACCGAAUAUUCCUUCUACCGCCCAUAUAUCUACGCUUACCCAUAAGCUUGCCAAACGCCAAAUCUUGAUCUAGAAUACUCUACUAGCCAUGGCACCCGUGCUUUUCGACUGGAACAAUGGCUCCCAGCUGUUAGAGCUGAUGGAUUCUUUCACCCAAUGGCUCUCUCAGCCUCAUGUCCUUGCGGUUAUCAUGGCAUGGGCCGUUACGUUUACGGCCGUUUGCACACUUAUACUCUGCUUGGGCUUUGGGCCUGCCGGGAUCGGCGCAGGAACUAUGGCUGCUGCGUUUCAAUCGUUCAUGUAUGGGGCCUUCACCCCAGCAGGCGGCAUUUUCGCGACUCUGACGAGCAUGGCGAUGCUGGGCACAAUGAUGCCGCCGGCUGCUAUUCUCGCUGCGGUAAUCGCCACAGUCGUGGCUAUAUUCGUAGGGGUCUCGGGCAUCGGCAGAUGAAUUCAUAGCUGCAGGUAUUCUGGGUCUCAGCAAUCUCACGGGCGGCUGGCGUUAGCUUCUAUGCUAUUCACGCCCUCAUGCAGUGCGUCCUUGCGAGUUCAAUACUUGUAUUUGCCCGCGGCAGGUGUGUCGAGGUAUUGGAUGGCAGUCUUAGGCUAAAAUACUGGCAAUGCCUAUUAGAGACCCAUGAUUAUACAAGGCUUGAUUACGGACUAAACACGCCCCAUAGUAUCGGAUUGCUCCAUCAUCUAUCCACAGAGCAUCCACGUUGUUUUUGCAUAAUGCCUUAUUUCCAAGCACAUCUUCCAGUAGAGUCGUAACCACGGUACACUCGCAGAGUCGGUAAAUAUAGAUGUGAAUCUUA